UAACCCUUUUAACCUCAACGUUGUUGUUGAGCGGCUGAUUGGACAAUUUAAUUAUGUUUUCUAAGUUUUCACUACACCGAUGAUAACCAGUUCUUAAAUAGUUAUAUUAUCAGUGAAAAUGUCAGAAUCCGCCGGUGGAAGUUCAUCAACGGCUAACAUAAUUUUGGAGAAAGAUAAACUGAAAAUUCUAUGCCUACACGGAUAUCGUCAGAAUGGAGACACAUUCAAAUCAAAGUUGUGCAGUUUCCGUAAAGUUGUUAGCAAAUUUGCCGAUUUGACAUUUUUAAGUGCAACUCACACUGCUCCACCGAUUGACGAAAAUCACACCGACUAUGAUCCACUGACGCAGAAAAGCUGGUGGUUCAACAAAGACGAAUUGGAUGCACAGAACCGGUCGUUUAAGGGAACAAACAAAAAUGGGCCAGCCUUUGGUUUCGAGGAAAGUCUACGGUUGGUGGAAAAGACCUGGAAAGAGGGUGAAUUUCACGGGCUAUUGGGUUUUAGUCAGGGUGCUUGUUUUGUCGGACUGCUGGCCAGUUUGAGCGAACGAGGAAUGACAAAUAUAAAGCCUCGGUUUUGCAUAAUGGCAUCAGGAUUCAAAUCGGGAAGUCUGGUGCAUUUGAACUAUUACGACGAUACGAUAACAAUACCAAGUUUACACAUUUUCGGUGAAACGGACAAUGUGAUUCCGAACGAAAUGAGCGAAGAACUGGCUGACAUUUUCGAUGAUCCACAAAUUUUACGGCACAGUGGCGGUCACUAUUUUCCAUCUACUACGCAGCAGAAAGAAUUCUAUCGAAACUACUUCCAAGACAUGCUGCAAGAAUAUUUGGAAGCGAAGGAAAUCGAAAAUGCAAACGCUUUGAAUUCGGUUACCAUUUUGAACGAAGAGGAGAAUGGAGGCGACGAUCAAUCAAGUUCGGAAUAAAGUUAUCGAUUUUUUCGGAGUAA